GGAUAUGAAGUAAAAUUGGAACCAUCCGAAGAAGAUCAAUUGCCUGUUGCGCAUAAUAAUUCCCAUGAAGCAUCCUCGAGUAGUAGUGUUCAACACAUGCAAGAACGUAGGACGGCUGCAAAUGCUACAAAUGCUUUAUAUAUUGGUGAAUUGAACUGGUGGACCACUGACGAAGACCUUCGUAAUGUUGCUCGUGAGGUUGGGGUUGCGAAUGAUGUGACUGAAAUCACCUUUUAUGAACAUAAAGUGAACGGAAAAUCUCGAGGCAAGGUUAAAGACAGACUAGAAGAAGUCUCGGCUAAUGGUAAUCCGUUUAAAACAGUUCCAAAAGCUUCACGCCAGAUAAUGCAACAACAGCAAUCUGCUUCACAACAAAGAGCCGCAUCGGGUCUUCCCAUUCGUCCAGUUAUGCGACCAGGUUCACUGGAUUUUCAUCCUCAUCGAAGUGGAUUCAGAGCCGGACAAAUGGUUUCUGGUCCAAGAGACUUUUUCACCCCCCCAAUCGCACCAGCAUAUUCCGGAUUUGCGGCCGGUCGUGGUUCGUAUAUGAAUGGUUUCGCUGGUACCGGAGAUGCAUCUUUUGCCAUGAAUCCAAUGAUGGCACGUGGCGGAAUGAUGGGUAUGAGAAAUCAACAAGUUGGACCUGUUCGCCGUGGAUUAAUGAGCGGCCGAGGUGUAAUGCGCGGAGGAUAUGGUGACGAAUUUAUGGGCGCUAAUAUGGGCGGUUACGAUGGAGUCACUCAUGGUAUGAAAAGAUCACGUGAUGAUGAUGAUCAUGGACACAUGGAUGGAAGAGGUAAUUUUUGUUAG